CUGCUUUAAAGCGCGCAGUGACAUCACUGGUGGAUUCUGUGACGUCACUAAGCUUGCGUAAAGGGUCGUGAAUUCUGACGGCCUUUGCGUCCCCAAAUGGUGUUCUGUACUUUUGCUCUCAUGCCCUACGGCUCCCGCUAGAACUCCACAGUGUUCCACGUUCCAGGGCGCGUGCAUGGAGUUCAGAGGGGAGCAGGACACCUCGCCACCACCGAGGGAGACCAUCGGCCCCUCCUGAAGCGACACACACGCGCGCGGACAGAUUAUCAGAUCAAGCUGCUCUCACGCGCACAGCCGUGUAGUGCUUUUCUUGCCUUCUGAAAUUACAGCAGUCAGUCGCCACGUGACCCCACAAGCACCCACUGGCAGAUGUCUGAAACUCGAUCCUCUGGAAACUGCACGCUCACGAACCGGCCCGUUACUGUUACUAAACACCAAAGCCAUAUCAGCAAUGCCCCUUCGCGUGCAGAUAACCGCGCCCACGAGGGCGAGACUUGACUGACAGAACAACGUCGAACACUCUGACGUCAUUGAAGAGCAUGAGAUGCUGUGGACACCUCAAUUGGCUUUCAAAUAUCUGAGGUGACAAAGUUAGCGAGCGAGGGAAUUUGAUUCGCUCCCUCAGCUGUCCAUCAAGCGAUGGCGGUCCCUGAUUGCCCCGACAGCCUGGUGGUGUUCGACUUCGACGAGACGUUGGCCAAUGAGAGCAGCGAUGACGCGGUGGCGCGGGCGGCCCCCGGUGGGAAGCUCCCUGAUUGGCUGACAUCUCAGUACAGAGACGGCCAAUACAACGAGCAAAUGCAACGCGUCAUGGCCUACCUCGCCCAGCAGGGGGUGCCAGAGAGCAGCAUACGACAGCAGGUCGCACAUAUCCCAGAAACCCCCGGUCUGACGCCGCUGCUGAACUACCUACGUUCCCUUGGAAACCGGGUGGACUGCGUCGUGAUGUCGGAUGCCAACUCAUACUUCAUAGAGGCAUGGCUUAGCCACCACAAGGCACGCCCCCUCUUCUCCCAGAUCUUCACCAACCCCUCCCACUGGGACGAGGCCAGCAGGGGAUUGGUCAUCGCUAAUCACCAUGCCCACUCCUGCGCCCGCGGUUGCCCCGACAACAUGUGUAAACAGAAGGUCAUCCGGGACUUCCUGGAGAGGCGUAGCCAGCAGGGGAAGGGCCAGUACCGCAGGGUGUUCUAUGUUGGCGACGGGGCCAAUGACGUGUGUCCCUGUCUCGCUCUCGGCCAAUCGGACGUGGCCUUUGCACGCAGAGACUUCCCCAUGCACCGAAUACUCACACAGGAGACACACACACUCAUACACACACACAAGGAGAGAGGAGGAGAGGAGAAGAUGAGAGAUGGAGAGAUAGAAAGAGAGAGAGGAGGAGAGGGGAUGGUGACGGUGCAUCCCUGGAGCAGUGGAGAAGACAUCGUGAAGUUCAUGAAGACUAUCAUGGAGGAAAAAUAGAGAGAGAGAAGGGGGGGAAGAUGGAGGAGAGAGGGGUGAGAGAUGAAGGUGGAGAGAUGGAGGAAGAGGAGAAAGGAGAGAGAGUUGUCAUACACAGUUGUCAUACACACACUCUCUCUCUCUCUCUCUCUCUCUCUCUCUCUCUCUCUCUCUCUCUCUCUCUCUCUCUCUCUCUCUCUCUCUCUCUCUGUCUCACACACACACACACCCACACACACACACACACACAAGGUCAUCACUGUGAAGAAUUGACUAUUUUGACUCAGGACAACACACACAAAUAAUGCUUUAUGGAAAAGACAAUCACACACACACGCACGCACACACACACACACACACACACAGACACACAGGAGCCGUGUUUCCGGGGGGUGUUUUACGUGUGAAAAUGGAACAUGCUGCAUGCUCACAAGUGUCACCCUGGAAUCAGCUGAUCACCCUCCACCAAUCAGCUGCCUUCUUACAAGUUCCACAAGGACCAUCUGACCAAUGAACACGCUCUUCACUGUAAGAAAAUGAUUUCAGUGAUAAGUCAUGAUAACUUAUAUAUUUAAUUUAUUCUCCUAUACACUGCAAUGGCAACAGCAUGGUUUAACUUGAAAUCAUUACCAGCUGCCUCAGAAUUCCAAGAUAAUUUUAAGUGUUAUUGUAAGUUAAAUUGUUAUUGUAACUUACAAUAAGGAUUUAAAUUAACUCUGGAAUUCUGAGGCAGCUGGUAUUUUUGUUACAGUGCACAAGCACUAGUCAACCAAUGGUUGUUGUGGGCAGAGUAAUCCAGUCAGUUAGCCAAUGAAUGACAGGGGGCGGAUUCCAAUAUGCGGACUCCCGUCCUCUGUCUGUGCUUGUGGCCUCACGUUUCGCUGACGCCCCGCCUCCGUGGAGAAAACAUUAGGCUUGUUCGUGACGAAGCAGUGCUGCUUUUGCUAAGCAGUGAGCAUGCGCACUUUGUCGUCAGUUUGAUGCAGUGUGGUUGCUUAGCAAAAGCAGCACUGCCUCGUCACGAACGAGCCUAAUAACGUUUUCCUGCUGUCAGCCACAACUAGCCACAGCAACUUUGUUCACCAUACCGAUUGCAAAUGAGGAAAGGACAUUAUAAAUGUGCUUUUGCGAGAUGUUGAAAUAUACAGCUCUGUCAUCAGUGAUGUCAUCAUGUGGCCACGAGGAGGCAAGUGAGCAAGGGAGCGGUCGUAAGGAUACUGGAAUCCAGUCAGUUAGCCAAUGAAUGACUAUGGUGACAGAGCUAACCAAUGGCUAUCUGUUUUGGUCAGGAACUAACCAAUGGCUAUCUGUUUUGUUCUGGAAUUAACCAAUGGCUAUCUGUCUUGGUCUGGAGCUAGCCAAUGCCUGUUGAGGGCCUAUCUGCAUGGACUACAGUAAAGGGGUCCGUUUCUCGAUUCUUGUCGUUGCUAACCGUCUUAAGACCGUCUUAAGGCCGUCUUACCGUUCCCUUGGAUUUAGUGGUGAGCGUCGCUGUCGAGAGAGAGUUGAGUCGCUCGUACGAAGGACUUUGCUAACGACGAUAGCAAAGACGCUUUCGAGAAACGGACUCCAGAUUGGGGCUAUUUUCCAAAUGGUUUUCUACCAUAUAACAUGAAGGCACACACACACACAUGGACUAUAUCCUAUAGGGUUCUGGGCCUGAUGGCUGUCUAUUCUAUUCUAUGAGCUGUUGUCCACAAUUUAAAAGCAAUACACAUCGUUUUUCCCCACUGUAUUGUGACGUGUGUGUGUGUGUGUGUGUGUGUGUGUGUGUGUGUGUGUGUGUGUGUGUGUGUGUGUGUGUGUGUGUGUGUGUGUGUGUGUGUGUGUGAGAGAGAGAGAGAGAGAGAGAGAGAGGGAGAGAGGGAGAAAGACAGAGAGUGUGUUAGCGAUAUGCACGUGCACAUCUUAACUCUUUGGGAAUAUUGAACCUCAAUGUGUGUGUGUGUGAGUGGGCCAAUGCAAUAUAAUAAUAAUAAUAGUAAUAAUAAUAAUAACAAUGCAAUAUAAACACAUUGUUGAUAGCAUCAUAAUGAACGUCACCCAUUGAUAUCCCUUUGAAAACACACACACACACACACACACACACACACACACACACACACACACACACACACACACACACACACACACACACACACACACACACACACACACAGUGACAUAUCCAUUUGAAGAUCUGACCCUGUUAGGAAAUAGUCACAGAAAUGUCAAAGAAACAAUUGCAAGGUUGAAAUGUCCCCUGAUCAAGAAUAAUUACAGGUUGAAAAAAUGUCCCCAUAACUAAACUAAACUGUGUGCUGAAAUAAAAUGAUAAUAUAAUAUAUAAUAAUAAAAUGAUUCAAUCCUU